AUGCCCUCCAAAUCAACAACUAACACAACCGCACCCUCAAGCUACGCCGACGACUUCCUCCGCGUCCACACACGGCAACCCCAACAUCAAACCUCCUACCGCCAUCACCACCACCGCCACCACCGUCGCCGCACAAGCGCAGACUGGAGCAUCGCGCCCUCGAUAACCCCAUCAUCAACAUCAACCUCCGUCGCCCCCUCAGCAUUCAGCUACAUCGACGACCGACCCUUCAACCCCACAGACCACCUCCCCCCACCAUACGCCACACCAACAGACCUCACCCCUCCCCCGCCAACCGUUCCCUCCCAAAAGCAAUCCAAACCAGCGAAGAAGAAAGUCACAUGGAGCGAACCCUACCGCAAAGCAGUCUCCGGAGACAUCAACACUAGUUUGCGUCGCAUGCGCACGCUCACCACGGUCAAAUCGCCUCGUCCUGGGGAGAAAGGGGAGGAAGGGAAAGGAGAGACGGGCGUGAAGGUGCCGAGGAUGAAGAAGAUGCCUGUUUUGGUUAUCUGUAGCGGUGAGAAGGGAAGGAGGAGGGAGAGGAAGGGCGUUGUUAUUGUUGAUACGAGGGGGGGUAGGGAUGACGGUGGUGUUUGGGAUGCGAAUGAAGAGGGGGAGGUUCUGCCGUUGAGGGUUGGUGGAGGGGAGAGUGAGGAGGGGUGGGGGAGCAGUGAUGAGGGUGAUGAUGGUGAAGGGGAGGAUUCGUGGACGGAGUGGAGUGGAGUGAGUGCUUCGACGGGGAGUUGGGGGAAGGGUGGGAGUGAAGUGGGUGGUGGAUAUAAGCCGCCUACAGUGGAAGAUGUUGAGGAUGGGUGGUCGGCGGUGGGAUCGUGA